UUUUUUUUUUUUUUUUUUUUUUUUUUUUUUUUUUUGCAAAAAAAAAGGGGGGCCCCGCGAUUAGACCUGAUUGAUCGCAGACCCGACGACAGCAGAAGCACAACCGCAAACAUGGCUACCAUCGCGCCUCCGCCGUCAAAACGGCAGAGGAGAGAGGAACUUGAGCGCACACAAAAGCAACAGGAUGUCACGCCUCUCUUGGCGACCGACCUCGGGUCGUUCAAGGCCAACUUUGUCGACAGCGAUGGCAACCAGAUGGCCGACGUGGUCGAGAUCAACUUCGCCGAUGCGUCCGAGAAGAACGUUUCGGCGCUGCUCAACACGCUGCUAGGGAGGGACCGCGAAGACUUCACCCCUUAUCGUUUCCGCAUCCAUAUUCCGGGCAAAGACGUCAUCAUAGAUCAGUACCCAACCGACCUUCUUGGGCUGCUUCAGAAGCAUGGCGUUACAAACCCUUUCGAGACCACAAUCACGCUGAGUGCCGAGCCUCAAGCCGUCUUCAAGGUUCACGCCGUCUCGCGUCUCGCGCAUCGCAUUCCCGGGCACGGCCAGCCGAUUCUCUGUUGCCAGUUCUCUCCAAUCAGCUCCAGUCGUCUAGCAACUGGGAGCGGCGACAACACAGCGCGCAUCUGGGACACCGACUCCGGCACGCCAAAGCACACAUUAAAGGGACACACUGGUUGGGUCCUGGGGGUCAGUUGGAGGCCCGACGGCAAACAAUUAGCCACAUGUUCCAUGGAUAAGACUGUCCGGAUAUGGGACCCCGAAACGGGGAAACCAUUCGGGCAGGAGCUCAAGGGCCACGCCAAGUGGGUGUUGGGCCUGGCGUGGGAGCCAUAUCACCUAUGGCGAGAUGGCACUCCCCGCCUAGCGAGCGCUAGCAAGGACGGCACGUGCCGCAUAUGGGUGGUGAACUCGGGCCGGACGGAGCACGUCCUGAGCGGCCACAAGGGAUCAGUGAGUUGUGUACGGUGGGGCGGCACAGGCAUGAUCUACACGGGCUCCCACGACAAGUCCGUCCGGGUCUGGGAUGCCGUCAAGGGCACCCUCGUCCACAACUUCACCGCACACGGCCACUGGGUGAACCACAUUGCCCUGUCGAGUGACCACGCGCUCCGGACGGCCUACUUUGACCACACCAACGAAGUUCCCGAGACCGAAGAGGCGAAGCGGGAGAAAGCGCGGGAGAGGUUCGAGAAGGCGGCCAAGAUCCAAGGGAAGGUCGCCGAGAGAGUGGUUUCAGCCAGCGAUGACUUCACCAUGUACCUCUGGGACCCUACUAAUAACGGAAACAAGCCCGUUGCCAGGUUGCUGGGCCAUCAGAACAAGGUGAAUCAGGUGCAAUUCUCCCCGGACGGGACGCUCAUUGCCAGCGCCGGGUGGGACAACAGCACGAAGCUCUGGAACGCCAGGGACGGCAAGUUCCUCAAAAGCCUCAGGGGCCAUGUCGCACCGGUCUACCAGUGCGCUUGGUCUGCCGACAGCAGGCUCCUCGUCACAGGGAGUAAGGACUGCACGCUCAAGGUGUGGAACGCGCGCAACGGUAACCUCGCCAUGGAUCUGCCAGGCCACGAAGAUGAAGUUUAUGCCGUCGACUGGGCGGCCGACGGGAGAAUGGUUGGCUCGGGCGGGAAAGACAAGGCCGUGAGGACUUGGAGGAACUGAUGAGUCGAUUUCGGCCGAGAGGAGAGACAGAGAGAGGCAGAGGGUGCCCCGGGUUGCCCAGGAAGGGAGGAGGAGGGGAAAAGGCGGGAGCCGAUGAUACCCUGCCAUCCAGUCCCUUGCGUACCAGAGACUCGUUGAACGCGCU